GUGGUGCGCGUGCGCACUGCAAGACGGGCAGUGACAGCGGCCUCUCCCAUUAUUUCUUAUUGGGUGAUAAUCUGUCUCUGCGCUAACGUUAGCUAGCUUACUAGCCAGUCAGCCACAGGAGACGGGGGACCUUGCAAUUUGUUAACUUUCUUUUUAAUUUAAACACAAAUCAAACAUUGACUUUAAAUCCAACUUGAGGCCUUGGUUGGUGUAGCUAGCUAGCUAGGAGCUAAGCUAGCAGAGUUGUAAAUGGCGUCGGAUACUAGUGAUGCCGAGGAAUUUUACGACGCGGCGGAGGACGUCAACUUGUCUCCUUCGCCGAAUGUGUCACCUGCGAAGUUUGUCCUUCCCCAGUCUCAGGCUCUAGAGAACCCAGUCCAGGAAGAAGCUGCGGCGUCAGAGCCCCGCCACGAUGACUCUCUCCAGAUCAUUGACAGUAUUAUAGAGGAGAGUCAGAAAGGGGGCGGAGUUGAGGAGGAUCUGUUGAGCAGCGAGGAAAAAAGCUCUGCCUCCACAAUUCCGGAACCUUCAGUACCCCUGGAACCCCCUGCAGCUCCAGCCGACCUCGAUGUCGCACAGGAAGUGAGGUCGCAGGACGUGCUGGAUACACAGGAACCAGCUCCUGAUGGAGCUCCAGCAUCUCAGGAAGAAACUUCUCCUCCUCCUCCUCCUCCUCCUCCUCCUCCUCCAGACAUCACACGCGUUCUGGGGCCGUCUCAGUCUGACGAGACAGACAUGCCCAAAACGGCAGACAUCUUGGAUCAGGUGCCGCUCGGGGACAAACCGGAGUCGGACUCCUCCGGCCCAUCGAAGCCUCCCAGGCAGUUUACGGUAGAGCCGGAUAUCGUAGCCAGCACCAAGAAAACUCCACCCACGAGACCACCACCUCCCAGUGGAGCUCCGCCUCCCAGGCCGCCGCCCCCAUCUCGCCCCACUCUUCCCGCCAGUAAAAAGUCUCAGGAAAGCAUUCGGCCCACGAGACUGGAGGUGUCCGCACAGGGUGCGGAGGAGCCAUGCGGAUUGGUCAGUCCCAACUCCAGUGUGAGAGGACUCACUAAAGAGCUGCAGCACUCUCUGGACCUUGCCAGUGCCACCAGCGGGGAUAAAGUGGUGACAGCGCAGGAAACAGAUGAGCGAGAGCCCAGUCCGACUGGAAGUGAAACUCCUGGACCCCAGAGACCGCGCUCUAACUCGGGCAGAGAGCUCACUGAUGAGGAGAUCUUGGCAAGCGUGAUGAUUAAGAACCUGGACACGGGUGAGGAGAUCCCACUGAACCAGGCAGAGGAGAAACUCCCUGCAGGAAUCAACCCCCUCACACUGCACAUCAUGAGGAGGACCAAAGAGUACAUCACGAACGACGCCGCGCAGUCAGACGACGACGAUAAGAGUCAGCCUCCACUCACCGACUCGGACGGAGGGAAACUCAAACAGAAAACCACCCAGCUGAAGAAGUUCCUGGGUAAGUCGGUGAAGCGGGCAAAGCACCUGGCGGAGGAGUACGGCGAGCGUGCGGUGAACAAGGUGAAAAGCGUCCGGGACGAGGUGUUCCACUCGGAGCAGGACGAGCCGUCCUCCAGUGAUGACGAGGGCAUGCCGUACACACGGCCCGUCAAAUUCAAAGCGGCGCACGGCUUCAAGGGGCCCUUCGACUUCGACCACAUCCGAGUGGUGCAGGACCUCAGCGGAGAGCACAUGGGAGCGGUAUGGACAAUGAAGUUCUCUCACUGCGGCCGGCUCCUGGCUACAGCCGGUCAGGACAACGUGGUGCGCAUCUGGGUCCUAAAAAACGCUUACGACUACUUUAACAACAUGAGAAUCAAAUACAACACAGAAGGUCGUGUGUCGCCUUCGCCUUCUCAGGAGAGUCUGUGCUCUUCCAAGUCUGACACUGAAGGAGGGCUGGCGGGAGCAGCGGCAGAGGACUCGGACCUUGAGGACAGAAACGUUCCCUUCAGGCAGCUUCCCUUCUGCAAGUAUAAAGGCCACACAGCUGACCUUCUCGAUCUCUCCUGGUCAAAGAACUACUUCCUGUUGUCGUCGUCCAUGGAUAAGACCGUGCGCCUGUGGCACAUAUCGAGGCGAGAGUGCCUCUGCUGCUUCCAGCAUAUCGACUUCGUCACAGCCAUCGCCUUCCACCCCAGAGACGAUCGCUAUUUCCUGAGCGGCUCUCUGGACGGCAAGCUGCGCCUGUGGAAUAUUCCGGACAAGAAGGUGGCCCUGUGGAACGAGGUGGAUGGCCAGACGCGCCUCAUCACCGCGGCCAACUUCUGCCAGAACGGCAAAUAUGCCGUCAUCGGCACCUACGAUGGACGCUGCAUUUUCUACGACACGGAGCGCCUUAAGUACCACACGCAGAUCCACGUGCGCUCCACCAGGGGGAGGAACCGCGUGGGCCGCAAAAUUACUGGCAUCGAGCCUCUGCCUGGAGAGAACAAGAUCCUGGUGACAUCAAACGACUCUCGCAUUCGUCUGUAUGACCUGAGAGACCUGUCGCUGUCCAUGAAGUACAAGGGCUACGUGAACAGCAGCAGUCAGAUCAAAGCUAGCUUCAGUCAUGAUUACUCGUUCAUCGUGAGCGGCUCAGAGGACAAAUACGUGUACAUCUGGAGCACGUACCACGACCUGAGCAAAUUCACCUCCGUACGGAGGGACCGCAAUGACUUCUGGGAAGGAAUUAAAGCCCAUAACGCAGUCGUGACGUCGGCCAUCUUUGCCCCACAUCCGGAUCUGAUCGUGCCUCAGGAGCCGGGGGCGGAGAAACCUGACACGGAGUGCAAGAACGACGUCACAGACGAAUCGGAGCCCAUCCCAUCAGGAGCUCUUAAAACGGACCACACAGAAGUUCUCCUCUCCGCCGACUUCACAGGCGCCAUCAAAGUGUUCGUCAACGUGAAAAAAUACUAAGCGCUUUUAAUCCGACAGACUGUUUAAAAGAAAAAGAAAAAAAGAGCAGCUUUGUUUUAAAAACAGAGAUGAUUCCACUAGUAUCACUUUAUUGUAUGUCUUUAAUCAGAGGGCUAGAAACCCCGCCUACGGCUCCUCCUUCGUCUACCAGUCGGCUUCCGGUGAGUGCUCUGAGAGGGUGAAGCGGGGGUCGGCAGUAAGCCCCGCCCUCUUUGCAGGGAACAGGGACCCAGGAAGUGGAGAUGAUGCAGGACUUUGAGGGAAACGGAUGGAAAGUGAGGAACAUAUCCAGAACACGACGCACUUGGUUUUAUCUUUCAUCGCGCUUUGCUUUCGGCGGAUGUCAGUAACGAGGUCAGUGAGGGAAAGCUAGAAUGUUCUCAGUACAACAGGGAAGAAAUCUAACAGACGCACAGCACCGUAACACGCCUCAUUUAUCACUCAUGCACUAGUCAUCGAACUCCAUACACGUUCACGGUACAGCUGAUUUGCAUUUAGCCACGCCCACACAACUCCAUAAAAGGU